ACAGGGUGGCGCUCUUCAGAAAUAGGGAAGGAGAGGGAAAUGGAGAUUGGAAGAUGGUGUCCACCGGCGUCGGCGUCGGCGUCGGCGUAUUUUUCGUCCUUCUCUAUUUCUCCAUCCCUCCGCCACCGCCUGGUCGAGUUCCUCCUCCACGCGACGUCGCAACUCCAGUGUCGUCCGAUUAUCAAGUACACCGCUUUAACUUUCUUUGUCGAUCGAUUCCUACCAUCGCUUUGUAGGAAAGCCCCAUCGUUGGAGGAGAAGGAUGGUGGGAGCUGGCUUCUUCGACCUGUCAGGGAGAGCAAUUUGCAGCUCUUUUCCUUGGCCUCGAUUUGGAUUUCCAACAAAAUUCAUGAUAGAAGCCCUCUUUCAGUGAAGAGUCUGAAGGCUUUGGGUGAUAAGCUUAUUAUUGACCAGCAUUUUACCACUAAGGAUUUCGUCGAAGCUGAGUUGGUCUUCAUGGAGGUGUCAGGAUAUGAUAUUGGAGCUUCAAAUAUUGCUUUCAAUUUUUUAGAGGAUCUGCUCAUCCAGUUCAGGUACUAUGUUGGCCAAUGAUAGUUUUCACAAUAUCUUUUAUCGGAAUUAAG